AUGCCUCCUAUCUCACGGCCCCGCCGCAUCGUGGGCGUGUCCCUGAAGAUGUAUUUCGACCUCCCCAGCACGCUCUCCUAUGUGCGUGGAGUGCUGCAGCUCGACGGCGACGCCUGGAACUCGCGAAUUGACCUCUUCGUCAUCCCCGACUUCGUCUCGCUGACCGAGUCCCGCCGCAUCCUCGAACCCUCCUCCAUCAUGCUCGGUGCCCAAGAUACCUUCUGGGAAGACAAGGGCGCUUACACGGGCGAAGUCAGCCCGCUCGUACUGCACCAGGCUGGCGCGAGGAUCGUUGAGAUUGGACAUGCUGAGCGACGGGCACAGUUUGGCGAGACGGACGACUGGGUCGCGAAGAAGGCGGGUGCCGCAGCGAGGAACGGCUUGAUUCCUCUAGUGUGCAUUGGCGAGCGGACACACCACAGCGUCGCAUCUGCGGCCGUGGGUGCAGCCAUCGCUGAGUGCAAACCUCAGGUCAUGUCGGUGCUGGCUGCAGUGCCUGACGACACCGAGGUCAUACUGGCCUAUGAGCCUGUUUGGGCCAUUGGCGCAAGUGAGCCUGCGGAUCCCGACCACGUCGUCAACGUCACGAAAGAGCUCAGGAAUCUGGCAGGUGGACGAGCUGGCGUUGUAAGAAUCGUCUACGGUGGCAGUGCAGGACCGGGCACCUUUGCGAAGAUCUCAGAAGGUGUCGAUGGCCUGUUCUUGGGUCGCUUUGCCCAUGACAUCCAGAACCUGAAGAAGGUCAUUGAAGAGGUAGGAGGUGCUUGA